AUGGCUUCAACAGCAGCUGUAGACGUCAGGUGGGAGGGAUGGUCGGGUGGGCAAUGGGCCCUCUGUUUUUUGGGCGAGUGCCUCGUGGUCCUCUUGGAGGAAGCAGGUGUCAGGCGGGACACCCUCGUUCUCAGGGAUGGCAAGAGGAAGCCACUGCACGAGGCAAAAAAGCCUGGGAGGGGGCAGCAGCUGGGACCAGCAGCCACGAUGUUGUGCAGCACACAUGGGUGGCAGUAUCACAAAAAGUUCAAGGACCUGCUGCACUCAGGAAAGGGCACCUUGGAGCUGGAGAGCCACUACACACCUCAUCCAGCCAGUCAUGGAGUGGCCGAGGUGUCAGACAAAGAUACACCAGCAGGCACUUAUUCGCAGGACCCCGAAGAGCAACUCCUGAUGCCAGAGGACUGCCAGACGUCAGCUUCAACUAAUACUGAUCUCAAAAUGGGAAAGAUUAUCUUUUACGAGGACAGAAACUUCCAAGGUCGGCACUAUGAGUGCAGUAGUGACUGUGCUGACCUGCAUUCUUACUUCAGCCGCUGUAACUCCAUCCGUGUCAUGAGUGACUGGUGGGUGGUGUAUGAGAGACCCAAUUACAUGGGAUACCAGUAUGUUCUGAGCAGGGGAGAAUAUCCUGACUACCAGCGCUGGAUGGGAUUCAAUGACUGUAUCAGGUCAUGUCGCUCCUACCCAUAUUACCGAGGUGGAAACUAUAGAAUGAGGAUUUACGAGAAACCUGACUUUGGAGGACAGAUGAUGGAAUUCAUGGAUGACUGUUCAUCUGUCUACGAUCGUUUCCGUUACCGUGACAUUCACUCCUGCCAUGUGAUGGAUGGUUACUGGAUCUUCUAUGAACAUCCCAACUACAAAGGCCGACAGUACUUCAUGAGACCCGGAGAAUAUAAGAGCUUUUCGGCUAUUGGGAUGGGAAAGGGGUCCAUUUUCACUUUUCCCACCAAUACCGUGCGACAAUGGAUUAAGGUUCCAAAUUCAAAUUUGCCGUGUCGCAGGUAUAAGGUUAGCCCUGCCAACACGUCCAUUCCUAGGAUCCACUCGCGGACCGGUGUUAUGAUUACCGAAUGGGUCCUGAUCGGCAUUGCCCCUAUCCCUAAGGGUAAUUGCACCAUUUUUCCUUCUAUUAAGUUUCCUCCCAAUCCCACUAAUGUGACUGGGGUUCCUUUAAACUUAUGGGGAGUUCCAUGGAUUAGGGUGGCCUCCGCCCCAGUGUCCACUAGAGCCAUAACCGUCUGA